AUGAGUGGACAAAAUAUACCUCGAGUUGCUACUUUUAAUAUUCGUUUUGAUGGUCACAAAAGUCCGCCUGUUUCAGAGAAUGAAAACAUCGUGGUCCCAAGCGCGUUUGAUGGUGAACAACCCUGGUAUGUUAGAAGAAAAAAAGUCGCUGAUGCUAUUCUUUUUCACAGGGUGGAUAUUAUCGGUCUACAGGAAGUUCUUUAUAAUCAAGUCAAAGAUCUGGAAGUACUGCUUGGAGAAGAUUGGCAAUGGACUGGUGUGGGACGAGAUGAUGGAAAGAUUAAGGGAGAGUUUGUACCAAUCUUUUACAAAAAACGGUUCAAGCUUCUGGAAUCGAAAAAUCUUUGGCUCUCCAACACUCCAGAUGUUCCUAGCAAAGGUUGGGACGCAAACUUACCUC